AUGACUCUUGUGGAGUUCUGUAUGUGGGGGUUUUAUUUGAUAUUGAUGUUAGCUCAGCACCAAUUUCAAGAUGCCCAAGGUGCAGAGUCCGUACCAGGUCUUGGCAUCAAUUGGGGUGCAUUAGCAUCCCACCCUUUGAAUCCCAACAUUGUGGUAAAUAUGUUGAAAGACAACGGGAUCAAGAAGGUAAAACUCUUCGAUGCAGAUCCUUGGACCGUUGGUGCUUUGGCGGGAACAGACAUUGAAGUCAUGGUGGGAAUUCCUAAUGAUCAAUUGAUUAAAUUUGCUGCAAGUAGCCAUAGUGCAGACGAUUGGGUGAAAGCAAACAUCACCAAACAUCUUCAUGGUCGUCAUGGGGUCGUAAACAUCAGAUACGUAUCUGUCGGAAAUGAACCAUUCAUGAAAGCUUACAAUGGUGCGUAUGUGGAGAUCACAUUCCCAGCAAUGCAAAAUAUUCAUAGGGCCAUCGACAAGGCUGGUCUUGCAGACACAGUGAAGGUGACUACAGCUUUAAAUGCUGAUGUUUAUGAGUCUCCUUCAAACAAUCCCUCAGAUGGAGAUUUUCGGACUGACAUUCGUGACGCUAUGCAACAAGUACUGAGUUUCCUUCACGAAACGAACUCGCCAUUUCUUGUUAACAUAUACCCUUUCCUUAGUCUCUACCAGAACGACAAUUUUCCAGUAGAAUUUGCCUUCUUUGACGGUCAAGGAGGAACAGUUGAAGACAAAGACGUGGAAUAUAGCAACGCGUUGGACGCAAAUUUAGACACCCUUGUUUGGUCAUUGAGAAAAGCUGGCUACCCUGACAUGAGAAUUGUGGUUGGUGAAAUUGGAUGGCCAACUGAUGGUGACAAAAAUGCCAACAACAAGAAUGCAAAAAGGUUCUUCCAAGGGCUACUCAAGAAAAUGGCAAAGAAGCAGGGAAGCCCACUUCGCCCUGGAGCCCUGGAGAUGUAUCUAUUUUCUCUGAGUGAUGAGAACAUGAAGAGUAUUGAGCCUGGUAAAUUUGAGCGUCACUGGGGAAUUUUUGGCUACGAUGGAAGUGUUAAGUUUCCGAUUGAUUUUUCUGGUCAGGGACAAGACAAAUGGCCUGUAGCAGCGAAAGGUGUUGUGUACCAGGAUCGCAUAUGGUGUAUCCUAAACCCUGAUGUUAAGAACUUGAGCCUUCUACCAAGUGCACUGGACUAUGCUUGUGCUGCUGCGGAUUGCACCAGCCUAGGGUUUGGCUGUUCUUGUGAUAAUUUAGACCUGGCUACCAAUGCUUCUUAUGCUUUCAACCAGUACUUUCAAACAAGGGACCAAAGUGUUCAGGCUUGCAAUUUCAAUGGGUUGGCCACUAUUGUUAAACAGGAUCCAUCAAGAGGAAGUUGCAUAUUCCCUAUAGAAAUUGAUAGCAGUCGUGACAUGCUGAGACCAAUUCAUACCCUUGGAACCCUUUCCAUUGCCUUCGCAUUCUUUUUUAUCACAUUCACAUAG